GAUUCUCAAACAGGAUAAACCAGUAUGUGGAACUCUUACUCAGAACCAACUCGUUGCUUAUACAUGCUUCAUGUGCGAACACAAAAUAAAAAAAUCAAUCGGACUGUUCAUCAAGAACGAUUCUCAGAAGUGGCUGAGCCUCAUGAUUUCAGGGAGAGAUUGGCCUCUGAACCAAGACCAUAAGGCCACAUUGUAGCAUUUUGUCUUCAUCCAAUGGGAUUCUGGGAAGUGACACUUUAACUCUUUGCAUGCAAACUGGUUGGACUCAAGAAAAAGUUAAAGUCAAAGAUGAGGAUAAGAACAUAUCCAAGAGUACACCUUCUUCAGAAGUUCCAUGCACAUUGUCAGUCUCUUGCAGCUAACAGCAAUGAAGGAUAUCAAAGGGAAUUUAAGGAGAUAAGUGACUCUCCAAAGGAAUUCUCAAGCAGAGCUGGCGAGCUGGAAUACAACAGAGAUAAAAACAGAUAUCCUUUCAUUUUACCCUAUGAUCACUCCAGAGUUAGGCUGACUCUAUUAGAGUCACAGCCACACUCGGACUACAUCAAUGCCAACUAUGUGCCUGGUGGCUAUACAGAACAUGACUUCAUCUGCACCCAGGCUCCUUUGCAAUCAACCAUGGCUGAUUUCUGGCGGAUGGUCUGGGAGCAAAAUGUGCAGGUCAUCGUCAUGGUGACAGCAUUAAAUGAGAGGGGCAAGGUGCUAUGUAAUCAGUACUGGCCUCCUGAAAGAGGCACUGGUUGUUAUGGUGCUCUGCAAGUCACCACCGUCUCCCGUCACCAUGGUCCAGAUUGCUACAUCACAACCAUUCACCUACAGCAGCAUAGCAGCCAUACAAAUAGAUACAUAACACAUUAUUAUUACCCGAGUUGGCCUGAUCAGGGUGUUCCAAAUGACCACACAUCUCUCGCCAAAUUCGCCGAGCAUGUACGGAAACAGCUGGAUGAUAGUCCUCUCUUAGGCCCCACGGUUGUUCACUGCAGUGCAGGCAUAGGUCGCUCUGGAACAUUUGUAGCAAUACUGUGGUUGAUGCAGCUCUGUGCAAGGGGGAUUCCUCCUGAUGUAUAUCUCGCUGUCCGAGACCUGCGCAGACACAGAGUGUUAAUGGUGCAAAAUGUGGAGCAAUAUAUACUUGUGCAUCAGUGUCUACUUCACUGGCUUGGUGGGAACAAGGAGAGACCAAGAACCCAGAAUGUAGUGCAUUUUCAGACAGAGCCACCACAAGCACACAGGCAAUCCAGAAGGGAUCGAAAAAACAGGAGGAGAAACUCUGAUCACACACAACGCCCUCAGACCUCUAAUUCCUCUGUUCCAGUGUCACACACACCCCAGCCACAGCACACAGCAUGGCAAUCAUUACGGGAUUCGCUACAUGCUUUUAAUCCUGGGAAACUCCUGCAGAGGAUAAGGCCUCUAUCUUCUCAAACCAACUCAAACACACAGCACAACACACAACUGUAGGGUAGAUCUACACACCGGUACCAGCUACUGUUAGGGUUAUCCUUAGAGUAGUGUUCAAUAGCUAGCUGAUUUUGUCUCAAAAUACGUCAAAGAGACUGGGCUCAUAUUUAGUGCUGAGCAAGGAUUUCGGCUCGUGUGCAGCAAACAAGAUAAACAACAGCAGCUGCUCAACUUGUUAUAUCUUAAUACCAAAUAGAUAGCUGUAAGCCAGUAAGCAGGAUAAACAAAAUAAUCCUUUCUAUUUUAGAUUUUACACCAUAGAUUAAAGAGAAACACUAAGAAACAAUGCCAGUCUCUUUACAGUUCCGAGUCAUCAACUUCCUUUAACGUAGAAUCCAUGUGUGUCUUACUUUACAAAUGAACACUUGCAGAACAAUCAACAAACUCUUAAUGAUUCUACAUUUGUAUAAAAGUGUUAGAAAAUAGAAGUAUUCAGAACCACAAGUGUCUGCGAUUACAGCUGCACAUUUUUUGCCUGUCCUUCUUGCCGAUAUAUUUCUUUGACUGAAUCAUAUUAAGGUAUAAGUGUAGAUAUGAAGAGGAAUUACUAACACAACAACAAUUUAAUUUUCAGCCUUGAUGAAGAGUGAAAAAAAUAGUUAGACGAGACAAUGCUGUUGCUAUAUAGCUUGGAUAAAGUUAAACACCUUGAAUUUGAACACCUACAUCAGAAUAACACAAUAAAAAUCUGUCUGCUGUCUAUUGUAAAUACGUUUAUGUUAUCUAUAGCUACUUUUAACGCUGGGAUCAUUUUUCCUUAUUAUAAGAAAUGUUACAGGCCAGAGGUCUGUUGUGUAUUUACCGUUGCUUCUGUGAUUUAUGAAAUGAGAUUAAACAUUCUAGUUUGUUUUGCCUUGACAUUUUAUUCUGAACACCAGAUCAGCUUCACCGGUGUGGAAUUACAUGUCUUCUGAGAUAUCAUACUGUUUAUUAGCAAGAAAAACAUGUUUUUGGAAUACAUGCAUUUUUUUUUUUUUUUGUAAGUGAAUGGAUUUUUUGAUUGACAUCUCUGUAAAUAGUGUCUAAGGUAAAUAAAUGAAGGGAUAUACUGUAUAUAAUUUUUCAACACAAUUUAUAUAGUGUGCAUAUGUAUGUAUAUAUACUGCACCCCAUUUAUCAAACUGGAUAUGAACUAUUUUUUUAUUCAUAAAAUCCCAAAAAAUGUGAAAAUCCAUCUCAAAAUUAUUAUCCUUCGAGAGCUCCUGAGCUUAUAUAUGCUUAUAUAGUUUAUAUAUAUAUGUUGUCAAAUAAAAUAGAACAAAAGGUACCUUUUAAAAAGAGGAUGUUUCUCUGUUAACAGACAUGCUUUUUAUAGUUUACUGGAGUCACUAUUAAAAAACAAAUACAAAGAUGUAAAUAUAUUUACACUGUAUAGUCACAGUAUAGAUUUCCACACUUUCUACUGGGCAACUAUUGCCUUAAUCCUCCAUUAAAGGCUUGUUAACAUUCA